AUGAAGGAAGAAGUAAUUGCAAGAACUGAAGCAGCAGCGGCAAGGGAAGAAGAGAUUAUAAGGAAAAGAGCAGACGAUCCAUUGAAAGAUUUGAAGGCGGGUGGCUCGUCGCCGAGGGAGGCAGAUGGGGAACCCCGUGCAGCAACAGCCAAUGAUGAGGCCGGGGAAGGUCAACGCGGUGGUUCCACGGAAUCGCCUGCCUCGAUCAGUCCCGCUGCCCGUCCGAUUUCCCGCCGGUUCAGACGAGCACUGAAACGGCCCGAGGUGGGCAUGCAAAGAUCCCGGGAGCCUACAAAAUGCGCUAAGAUUCGAGUCAAUGGACCUGGCCAGAAGUUGCCUGCCUUUCUGCAGCCCGCCAGCCCUGCAGGCACUAAUACUCAGUACUACCGGUUGGCCGUCUGGACCUUCCGCGAUCCCAUCGUAGAAAUCCUAUCCGGGCGUAUUUCUUGCCUCAUUGGGAAAGUGGCUGACUUUGCUGAUUCUCUGCAAGAGGAAGGCAAUCCUCUUUGA